UUUCCCCACACACAUAUUGCCUUCCAUUACACAUUAGGUACAGAUAAAAGGAAAAGAAAACUAGCUCAACGGUUGCAAUUCAGUUAAACUCACUGAAUUGUUUAUCGCCGAAACAUUACAUUCAGGAACAAGAGUUUAGUACAAACGACAACACAAACAACAGCAACAAAAGCUUCGACAACAACAACAGCCACAAACACAACUGCUAACCACUGGAUGUAACACUUGGUGAUCUCAAAAGCAAUCGAUACCAACGACAGCAGCGAAGGUAACAACACCUCCGACAACAACGCGGGAAGAAUAGCACAACGAACCAACCAACAUGACAACAGCUGGCAUCCACCUUCUCAACUCCUCCUGUACAUCAUAUAAGAACAUACAAGAUGAUAGUAUGCAAAACCAUUCCUUCAGGAACUAUGACAAACAUGACUCCGAUUCCCAGGUGUACAACACCUACAAGCAAAUGCACACGUUUCAAACUGUCGACUUCGUGAAAGAAUCCCACGGCCGGUGGACCAAAUUCGAUCACGCUGAAAUGUCCAUAAUGGAAGCUCUGGAAAUGUUAAACAACUUGGUGGAUGAGUCCGACCCGGAUAUCGAUCUCAGUAACUCUUUCCAUGCGUUUCAAACGGCAGAAGGAAUCCGUAAAGAGUACCCCGACGAAGACUGGUUUCAGUUGACAGGACUCGUACAUGACCUGGGUAAAGUUAUGGCCCUGUGGGGUGCACCGCAGUGGUCGGUGACUGGUGACACCUACCCGGUCGGCUGUAGACCAGCUCCUUCGGUCGUUUAUGCCGACAGUACUUUCAACGACAACCCCGACUUUAACAACCCAAAAUACAACACGAAACUCGGUAUUUACGAUGAACACUGUGGUCUGAGUAAGGUACUCAUGUCUUGGGGUCACGAUGAGUAUAUGUACCAAGUACUGAAACACAACACUUGUUACCUACCCGAGGAAGCUCUCUGUGUUAUUAGAUACCAUUCUUUCUACCCGUGGCACAACAGUAAUGACUAUGGUUACCUGUGUGACAACAAAGACCAGGAAAUGUUGAAAUGGGCAAAACAUUUCAACCCGUUCGAUUUGUAUACCAAAUCACCCGUCAUUCCGGAUGUUGACGAAAUCCGACCAUAUUACGAAAAAUUGAUUGAAAAAUAUAUCCCGGGUAAACUAAAAUGGUAAUUUUUUUUUUUUAAGCAAGAAAAACCUUGGAUUCUUCCAAUUAUUAAUGGACAAUUGAAGCUGUUCGAAUAUUUUGGUAACCCACCAUCCAGCUGCCCAUCACCACCCCCCAAGAAAAACAAAAAAAAAACAAAACAAAAAAAAACUUUCGAAUAUUUCAGAGGUACUGCAGAGUAAAGCCUUUUCUUC